ACAUACUUUACACCACUCCACCCAAAUCACCACUCGUCUCACACACGCAUCCGACUUUUUGUUUUUGCAAUUAAUCUUGCUCUAGAGGGAAGAAACAAAGGGCCACAACGAGAAAGGGUGAAAAAAGAGAAGAAGAAGAAAAGACACCUUGCUCUCGCGGGAUCCUCCCGUCUGUUGCCCGCGGUGACAAUCUCACCAUGGCGCACGCCCAGGAUUCCCAAGAGCCCCAUAAACGGAAACGGGACGCAGACGACGGCGGCGCUCAGCCAGCUCAUUCUGAUCGCAUUCCCCAGCCUCCUCCGCCUCAGUCAGGCAAUGCAUCCAUUAUCAACUACCUAUCCAAAGCCAGUGCUGGCAGACUCCAGCUCAUUCAGGGAGAACCUGACACAUUCUCGGAUGUGCUUGGUUUAUUAAAUCAGUACGAAGGGGUUCUCAAUAGACAUGAGAGUCUCGCGGCAAACUUGGGCGCCAAGCUCACCGGGCCCCGUCUUUUGAAAGCUAUGGAGGGAGCUUUUGAAGGUCCCAUCAUCACCAACCCACCGCCUCCAUAUGGCGCGGCACCCGUGAGCUGGCUGGAUAUUGUCACCUUUGCCAAGACAAAUCCUGAGAAAUUUAUUCUCACCACCGGACACGACGGCGAGCGGACAUGUCAAUUUUACCUGAACGGCAUUCAGACCCAGAUUCUCGAAGAUGACUGGCGGCUCAUUAUUAACGGUGCCUUGGACAGGUUCUCAGUCGUGUCCACGGCUCCCCUGGAAGAGGAUGAGACGGCCGAGGUCGCGACACUGGAAAUUGUGGAGCAGCGACUACAGGUUCUCAUCAAGAAAGCCGAUGAGAUCGCCAAGAGGGCACGACAGCUCAACUACCAUUUGAGCGGCCGCAGAGCCGGAAUCAACUCGCGCCAUGGCGGGCAGCAAGGAAGCAGCUCGGCGUUCCAGUCCGUCAACCACUCCAGAGGCCACGUUGCCCACGGAGCUGGAUACGACCUUCACGCAGACCUGCUCCAGCAGUUUCUGUCGUCUUCCCAGGCCUACCCCCCUCGGGUGCCCUCCAGCGCCGGCCUCGAGCAGGCCCAUUCGACGGGCCAACACACACCGCCCGCGACAAAUCCUCAUCCGCACUCACUACCCCUGCAGGGACGUCCAGUUGUCGUGCAUGCGCCGCCGGUCAUGCCACAGAGAGAUCCGUCGUAUGACCCGUCGUCGCCGCACCGGGCCAUCAUCACCGCAAGGAUAGAAAAGUUGAAUAAGGGAGACCAGAUUUGGCCGCCGUGCGACCGCUGCCGCAGGCUCAAGUCGCCGUGCAUCAAGCACCUGACGGCCUGCCAGGGCUGUACGAAGAAGCACGCCAAGUGCGGGUGGAAAACGAUUACCGAAGAAGAGAUUGUCUGGCUCAGCCGCGAGGCCAGCAGCAGCGCCGACGAAGCGCCGCACGUAGAACCGAGCCCGGUUCAGCCGGCGCCGGUGAGGACUUUACGAUAUGAUCCAACGCAGGACGACGGCCGAUCUCACGAGCCGCCGCCGCAGCCGCAGCCGCCUACGUCGUCUUCCGCCAAUCUUAUGCCGGGAGGAGGAGACGUCUCUCGACCGGCUAGCAGAGGUCAGCCGGACCAUCGCCAGCGGUCGCCGUUAGACGCUGGAUCUCGAAGCAGGACGAGCAGCUUCAUGGACGUGGAGCAUGAACCACCCCCGCCGAUGAACCACAAGCCCUGGAUGCCGGAGCCGCACCCGCACCGCGGGGAGCAGCAGCAUCAGAACCAACUGCCCAGUCUGAAGAACGACCACAUGCUGCUCAGCCACAUGGCGUCGGCUGCGACUGCGGCCGCUGAUGCGCGGGAUGCUACCUCAACCCCGGCGAGCAGCAUGGUUGGACGAUGAUCUAGGUAGCCAGCAAACGACACCAUUUGCGGCAGAUGGCUUAUUCAUACAUGAAACGGGGCCGCUCUAGCAGCACCGCCAUGCUCUUUAUUCAGAGGGAUAGGAGGGGCAACAGGAUUCGAAAAGAGCGUACCUAGUGUGUGUUUGUGUGUGCAAUGUGUGUAGUGCGUAUAGUGCGUAUGUGCGAGUGCAUUGCGAGGUGCGAACCAAGGAAACGAAGGCAAAAAAUGAUAUAAAUUAAUAAUGAUAUACAGUAAGCUCACUGCAGUGCUGUGUCAAAUUACUUAGUGGUGACGUGUAGCUGGCUUACUUUUGUUCGUGGUGGUAUUUGGAU